UGCGCCAUGAAUGCUCGGCAAAUCAAUGUGCAGAGACAUAACCUCGCUUGUCAGAGAGAGGUGUUAUAGAAGAAUAACAUUUCCUAAAGAGAAACACGACGGAAAAGAGAUUUAUUUUAAUCUUCGAUGACAUAUUAUGCGCCAAAUAUAAUACAGACCAUGAAGAUAAAGAAUGUCAACAACUUAAUACUAGGCAUCACGGGAUUCUGUGAAACUUUUGUCCCAAAUUCUGUCUAUACACAAUGCAUACGUUGGAAAAGGAAACCAAUUUGGAUGCCUACAGCAAAAUCCAAAGUAUUUCGAAUACCAAAGAAGCCUGUCAUAUCUGUAGAAGAACAUCUGGAGACUCAACGUUUAUAUAAUAAUUACAGAACAUAUAUAACAUCACUUAGAGCUUAUUUGGCAAAAGUUGCAAAGGAGAACGAGGUGCAAUUUGAUCAGGCAGCUAUCGAGCAAGCUGAAGAGGAGGAUUUCCAGACAUGCAGUGCGAUAAAUGACGAAUGGAAUGCAGAGGUGGCAAAAAUUCGAGAAGUUAGAUUAGCGAACAUGAGAGAGAAACGCAGGGAAUCUAUUCUGCAGAAAUUGCUACAGCAAGAGAAGCAGGAGGAGGAACAGAGGAAUUAUAUCGACGAACAAAUCAGACAGAUUAAGAUGGAAGCUGUCACAUUCAUCACUGCAGAAAACGUGGAUGCGGCGAUCGAAGAGUGUCUGACGAAUAUCGUCGAUCACAAUCGCGCGUUAGAUUUGGAGGGAAACUGGUAUGAUGGGGAAUAUUCUCCAAAGAAUGUUCCACCUCUUGAAGAAACGCAGAAACCGGCGAUCGUCGAGAAUUGAGUAUAAAUUUAGAAAAGAAAAUAACAGCUUGGUAGGCUUAUAUACUUGUUUUCCCAAAUAUCUUAAAUUUUUAUUGAAAUAUAAUUAAUUAUGAUAAUCAUAAUAUAAAUAUAAUUAAUUGUGAUAAUCAUAAUAAAAACGAGCUAUUAUUGUAACAAAUAUUGAAAUAAAUAUAUCCCGCGCACUUGUUC